UAGCACUGAACAAAAGAUGCGUUGCGGCCCGGCGUGCGUUUAAAAUGGACGCGUAGUUUAUGUUUAUUCUGUUUAGUCUAUUUUCUGAAUUUUUAAAAUAAAUACCUAGAUAUCGAGUGUAAAGUGUCAACUGUCAGCCUUAGCUUAACCUGUCAACCUAUAUUAUUUAUUUGUAACCCGCUUUGAAUUUGCGAUAUAUAAAUACAGAGCUAACAACAAAUUUAUCAAUUAAGUUAAAUAGGUGGACUGUGCCAUUACACGGUUAAUAUUUCAGGUGACUAGUGUAAUCUUAACUUUUACCGGAAACAAUAGGGAAAAUAAAUCAAAAUGAAAAUCGCAGUGGAGGGCUGUGCCCACGGGGAAUUAGAAACAAUUUACGAAUGCAUAGAAGCAUUACAAACGAGACAAGGUAUUAAUAUUGAUUUGUUAAUUUGCUGCGGUGACUUUCAAGCAGUGCGUAAUGUAGAUGAUUUGAAGUCUAUGGCAGUGCCUCCGAAGUAUCAACGCAUGUGUACCUUUUACAAGUAUUACAGUGGUGAGAAAAGGGCCCCUAUACUAACUUUAUUCAUUGGUGGUAACCAUGAAGCUUCAAAUUAUUUACAAGAGCUACCCUAUGGAGGCUGGGUAGCCCCAAACAUUUAUUAUUUAGGAAGAGCUGGAAUUGUUAAUUUUGGUGGUUUAAGAAUUGGAGGUUUAUCAGGAAUAUUCAAAGGGCGAGAUUAUUUACAAGGCCUUUGGGAAUGUCCACCUUAUUCACAGGAAUCUAUGAGAUCGGUAUAUCAUGUAAGGUCGCUAGAUGUAUUCCGAUUAAGUCAAGUUAAAGGGAAAGUGCAUGUUAUGCUCUCUCAUGACUGGCCUCGCGGAAUUACAAAUCAUGGUGAUGUGGAAAGUUUAUUGAAAAGAAAACCAUUUUUUAGGGAAGAUAUUGAAUCUAAUCAGCUAGGCAGUGUGCCAGCUGCAACUUUAUUGCAUCAAUUGAAGCCAGACUACUGGUUUGCAGCACAUUUGCAUUGCCAGUUUGCAGCAAUUGUACAACAUGACAAUGGAGCGGAUACAAAAUUCUUGGCUUUAGACAAAUGUUUGCCCAAAAGGAAGCACCUGCAAAUCCUAGACAUUCCAGCAAUGUAUGAUGGGGACAAGUGUUUAAAAUACGAUCCAGAGUGGCUUAUGAUAUUGAAAAAGACUAAUCAUUUGCUGACUGUAAAGAAUAUGAAUUGCCAUAUGCCAGGUCCUGGAGGAAAUGAAGAAUAUAUUUUUACACCAACAAAAGAAGAGAAGGAAUCUGUUAUUAAAAUAAUGGAAAAUAUGACCAUACAUGAAUCAGCAUUCGAAAAAACUGCACCGGUGUAUAACCCUAAUAUUAAAAAGGGGAAACAGUCAGAACCUAUUAUGAAUCCACAAACAAUUAAGUUAUGUGACACUUUAGGUAUUGAUGAUCCAGUCCAGGUAGUCAUGGCUCGUACAGGACGAAUUAUGAAGGAACCAUGUGGUAAUGAUUUAAGAAAAGACACUAAAGAGACUGAAGUGCCGGAAGAGCCCAGUGCACCUAAUCCAAUUCCAGUACCCAUUACACCUAUUAAAACUACAAAAUUAUCAUUGCCUGCUCCUAUAACGCCAAGUGAAAAUGAAAUGGAAACAAAUCCAGUAAAGGAGUUUACAGUGGACAAUUUUUCUACUCCUGACAAUACUCUUAAUUCAUCAGACUGCAUGACUCCUAUGUCAAGUGGAGAAAAAAAAACAUUCAAAAGACGCAAUAUAUCUAUUUACAACUCUCCUGAUGAUGAUCUUGAAAGUGGGAUGUCAAAUUCAUUUAAUGUUUCUGGAAGUCCAUGUAAAUUGCCCCAUAGGGAUAAUGUGUAGUUAAUUGUAAGUGUAUAAGUUAAUUCUAUUCUGUACUAAAUUUAGUUUUACAUUAUUGUACAGCAUUCUAGUGUAAAACAUAUGAUUUACAGACAGAGAAAGAUAAAAUUGUGGCACAUGACUGCGGCUUUAAUAAAAUCUUUAAUAGAUAUUUUAUUUUUUAUAAUAUUAUAUAAGUCAUAGAAAUAAAGUGAAAAAAAUGCAUAAUUUUUAUGAGUAUCUUAUAUUGAGAUGUACUUAUUAGAAAUAUCAUGAAAUGUUUAUAAAUUUAUGAAUAAAUUAUUCAGUCAGGGUUAUAUAAAAUUUAGUGCAAUUUUAUUGAUGAGUUAGUUUUUCAAGAAAAAUAAUGAUAUACAGUUAUUACUUUAAGUUUUUAUUUCUUGGUAUGACUCAGUAAAUGUUCUUUAAGAUUGGGCAUGUUUUUAGGUUCAUAUGAACAUUGAUUACAUUUAAUUGGUGCAGCCAUAAAAUUUUUGUGUAUUUCUGGUGGCAUUUUCUUCACCAAACCAUCUUUUUUUAACUCUUGUAAUACAUCUGAAAUUAAAACAUUUUUUUAAACAUA